AUGAGCCAACUAAGAUCAGAACUUAUCCAUUCACGAAACAUUGCAGCUAUUGACAAAUCAUUAAAGAUAUAUAAACAAAACAUUGCAAUUCUGGUUGAAGAAAAUGAUGAACAAAUGAGUUUAGAUAAAGACACAGAAGAAGAGCAAUUAAUUAGUCUAUCAGAAAAUGAUAUGGAUUUAGAAAAUCCUGGAAAGCAAAUUCAGAUGAAUGUUAAGGAAGAAGUUGAAGAUGACUUAAAUGAAUCAGAAAGUCUGUCUGAAUUAUAUUUUGAUGAAGUAGAAUUUCAUUCUGUAGAUAACUUUAUAGCCAAGUGGAAGCUAACAGAUCUUUUUGUAGAUUUACUAAUACAACCUGUUUAUAUUAAUUUACUUUUGGGUGACUAA